CUUUACUCGUAAUUGAUUGGCUACCAAAGAGUUUUGAGCUGUGGGCGAGUGAGCUAAGAACGUUUUUUUUCUAAACACUCAUUGUCGAAGAAGAAUAAGCCUAAACAAACUCUUAACGGGAAUUUAAACAUUCACCUAAAAUGUUUUAACAACUUCCCUGUAUACAGUUUGUUCCUGUUACUGUAAACAUCCCGAGAAAUGGUGGAGCCAACAACACAGAAGUUUGCGUCUUUAGAGGAGGAGUUGGGCUUCUGGAAGGAGCAGGCAAACAGACACCAGCAGAGGGCAGAUGAGGCUCAGGAGGAGUUGCAAGAGUUUCAGCAGAUGAGUCGAGACUAUGAAGCGGAGUUGGAAGCGGAACUCAAGCAGUGCGAGGCUCGGAACAAGGAACUGCUGCAAGACAACAACCGACUCCAAGUGGAGCUGGAAAACAUCAAGGAGAAAUUUGAGAGCCAACACUCUGAUGCUUUUAAGCACAUCUCAACCCUGGAGGAAAAUCUAGCGGAAACUACAGCAGUCCGAGAUCACCUGCAGAAAUAUAUCAGAGAGCUGGAACAGUCCAAUGAUGACCUUGAGAGGACCAAAAGGGCGACCAUCAUGUCCCUAGAGGACUUUGAGCAGAGGAUGAACCAGGUCAUUGAGAGGAAUGCUUUUCUUGAAAGUGAGCUGGACGAGAAAGAGAACCUGCUCGAGUCUGUUCAGAGACUCAAAGAUGAAGCCAGAGAUCUUCGUCAAGAGCUGGCAGUCCGUCAGAAAGAACGACGACCAUCCAGCAGCCUGGGCAAAGAUUCAGACCGACCAGACCUGCAGUGUCCCUCCAGCAGCAUCCCCGUCACCCCCUCCAAACCGCUUGGCUCGUUUGCCACGCCUCCUGCAUCCAGCAUCCGACGAGGUGAUGGACUAACAGGAACUCCGCUCACAACAUCCGCUAGAAUAUCUGCGCUAAACAUCGUCGGGGAGCUGCUGAGAAAAGUCGGGAAUCUGGAAUCCAAGCUGGCCUUGUGUCGAGACUUUGUGUACGACACAUCGGUUACCAGGCCCGCACUGCCCGCCGCCCCUGGUAGUCCAUGUGGGAUAGAUGGAGGUGCUGAAGUCCAAGCCAGCAGCAUAAGCCCUCCGCCUCCUCAGUACGACAGUUUAGUGAAGCGGUUAGAAUUUGGACCAGCACCCCCACGAGGUAUCUCCCAGGGGGCUCAGUCGCCACAGGGAGGAGUCAAGCUGCUGCUCUGAGGAACACGUCCCCUCCGUCCCCCCCCCUCACACCAGGCACCCACCCACCCACAUCAUUACAACUUUUCGGAAGUUGUCUUCCAACUGAAAACCCCACUUUCUCAGACUCAAUUGUAAUGGGAUGCAGUGCGUAGUAUUGCAAAACUUUUUAUUUAUCUGAUGUGGUUGAUAUUGAAAAAACAGUGCUGCCGAGCCGAGGGGGAUGGGCGGGGGGUUAGUUCUAAACCAUUGCUGCCUUCAUCCACAUGAUUAUUUAGCUCUUUCACUGUUUAAUUUGUGCAAAGAGGACUAGAGGACUCCAUCUACUGAAUGUAAUAGUCAUGAUAACUAGGAUCUUAUACUGUGGAGCAAUAAUAUAGCUGAUCAAUAAUAUAGUUUUUGAAGGGAUUGUAGAAUGGGAAUUAGAGGAACAUUUUCAUUGAAGAGGUUUCUGGUUGUUUUUCCAGCUAAGCUCAGCGCUGUGAUGGCCUCUGUUGAUGCUGCAUUCGGCUGCUUGUGUGAUGUAAUACAUCCCUCUUGGUUUGCAGUGUUUCUCCCAUUAAAAACAUUAAAAGGGCAAAACCACCAUA